AUGUAUAAAAGGUUUACCAUGGUUAGACUCCAACUUGAACUGACACCAGACAGUAGCCAGCCUUUGGGCUUCCUGCCCCCCAUGAAGCAGGCACUCAAGGGCAGCCCUUCUCAGAAACAGCUAGGCAUGUCUGGUCAUACAGAAUGGACAGCACGAGACGACCUCAUUCUCAUGAAGUCGAUGGAGGCUGGUUAUGCCCUGGAGGCCCUGGCGCGGGGGGCCAUGGACCUGAGUCGGCGUUUCAGCCUGCCCGAGCUGGAGGAGCGCUGGCGGACCCUGCUCACGGACCCAGGGCUGGCACUGGACGCCUCGCGCAGGAUGCUGGCAGCCUGCGGCCAGGCAGCUGUCUUGGGGACUCUGAGCAGCGUCCCGUCCUUUCCGUCUGCGGAGGUGCAGCGCUCAGACGGCUCCCCAGCGCAGGGCGGCCUGCGAUUGCAGUAUGGACGCGCUCGCAAGCGAGCCCGGAAGGAUGCGGCUGAGCGCCGGCGGCGGUUGCUGCUAGACCCCACGUUUGGGGACCUGUACGCGGACGACGACGACAUGAGCGUGGGCCUGGCGGACCCGGGGAUGCCCACGCCGCAGGACAUGAACAGCCUCAACGGCCUGGAGGAGCCGCUGCUGGCCAACCUGGAGGCGUUUGAGGAGCGCAUCCGGGGGGGCGGGCGCAGCCGGCUGGGGGGCAGCCGCAGCUGGGAGGCCGAGAUUGAGGACGAGCAGGCGACGCGCAUGCGCAAGAGGAAGGAACUGCUGGGAUACCACCAGGCACAGCACGGCCGCGGCAAACAACCGGGCAAGGAGGCGCCCAGCAGGAGCGGGCAAGGGCGGGAGCGGGGGAAGGGGGGAACGGGACAGGGGGCACCGGCAGCGCCGGCGUACGAUCUGCUGGUGGUGCAUCAUGAAGGGGAGGGGGAGGGGCAGGACGCGGAGGGGGGCAGCGUCUGGGGGAGCGGGCCGAGCUUGGCUGGGGGCCAACAAGCAGUGGUGGGGAGGAGCAAUGGGUUUGCAGGAGCCGGGAAGGAGCUGGUGACGGGCGCAGGGUGCCUGGGCGAUGGCCUGGGCGUGCCAGCGUGGGGCGAGGCGGGGGCCAUGCUGGGGAACGGGCUGAGCCUGGGGGCGGGGGAGCAGGGCGGAGCGGGCAUCGAGCGGGACAUGCUCCAAGAGAUGUUCAGCGUGCUCACAGGUGACAUGUGUGAUGAGGACACCCUUGAUACCGCCGCAGCGCACGACAGCGGGGCGGAGCAGCCCUGGGAGGCAGCGGGCAGCUCAGGCGCAGGGGGGGGCGCAGCUACGGAGGAGCGCCGUCGGCAGGAGGGGGGGAAGGCGAGCCCCGCGGCAGCUGCUGACGGGGCAGGGAUGGAGGCUGCUGAGCAGGACGCGAGGGAAGGGGAAGGGGGCACAGGGGCGCAGGGGCGAGGAGGUGACGGGCGGAAGCUGCAGGACGGCCUGCUAGAGGUGCCGUCAUCAGGGGGAGAGCGGUCGGGGCCGGAGCUCUCAUUCGGGCUGAGCGACAGCGCAGCGCACGAGAGGGAGGGGGCCGCCCAUGCCAGCACCGCAGACAGGGCACAGGCGCCGUCGACAGAAGCAGGGGACGCCAGCUCCAGAGGGCAGGACGGGGAGGACAUGAAGACUAGGCGGAAGGAGGGGAAGGUUGCUGAGUUGAGUGAGGAGGUGGAAGAGGGCCAUGGUCGGGAACAAGUCGCGCCAUCGGAAGCAGGACCCCCACAGGAGGACCAGGAUGCAGCGGGUGCGCAGGUUUCUGAAAGAGCCGGCCACUCCGCGGACGGUACUGCCCCUCCCGGCGACUUCCGGCUGGCCCCGCCCCGCAAGUCGUCCCCCUGGAGCACCCCGCGGCUGGGCCCUCAGGCGGCGCCCCCUGGCCCGGACCUGCUGCCGGACCUCGACGCGCUCGUCCCCUGGAGUCCCAACGAGAAGAAGCGCCCUGCACCGUCGCCUCUCUUCAACUUUGGGCGCGGCACGGGGCCCUCCCCCACCUUCACCCCGCUCCCGGGAGCUGACGCUACCGAGGAGCUCGAUUUCCUGCCCUUGCCCUCGGCUGCGCUGCUGGCACCCCCGGGGACUUCCGCCAGCCGGCACCUGGUGGCGCUCGGGGAGGCCGCCCGGCCGAGCAGCAGCCCCGCCCUGGCCCCCCACGCACGCACGGCGCUGCCACCCCUGGCGCAGCAGCUGCAGCUGAUGGAGGAGGACACGCGCAGCGAACCCGGGGACAUCGCGCGCUUCAGGGACCGGCAGCUGGCGCGCACCGCUAGCGUCGAUGCAGAAAGGCCGCUAGGGCCCGGGCCCGGGGGGAGGCAGCCUGCGGACACUGGAGAGGACGGACGGGCCCCCGGCGAGGAGGCGGGGCGGGAGGCGGCAGGGAAGGCGGGGUCGGAAGACGACGCGUGGAACAGCGAGGAGGAGCCGCUGUACUUCUCGGACGUGGAGGCGCUGGUGCUCGACUGCGACCUGGAGCCGGACGACGAGACGGGCGACGCAGCGCGGCGGCAUGCGCGGCGGCUGCAGGGCAAGCACCGCAAGGCCAUGCUGCGCCUCGAGCAGCUGGCGGACUCCGCCACCUGCCGCCAGCUCACCCGCGAGCGCGCUCUCGCAGUGCUCUAUGGCCGCCGCCUGCGCUACCUCAUCCGAGAUUCUGAGAUCUUGGUGGGGCGGUCGACGGUGGAGGCGGCGGUGGAUGUGGACCUGGCGGUGGAGGGUGCCGCCACCAAGGUGUCGCGCAAGCAGGCCAGCAUCAAGCUCAAGAAGGACGGCAACUGGUACAUCAAGAACCUGGGCAAGCGGGAGUUCCAGGUGAAUAAUCGGCCUGUGGAAGCAGGCAGCCGAGAAAAGCUCGAGAACAAGUGCCUUUUAGAAAUAGGCGGCCUGCGGCUUGUCUUCGAGAUCAACAGCAAACUCGUGGCGAAGGUGCUCAGCCGAAUGCCGGCGGACCUCUGAUACAAAACCUUCUUGCAGACACUCUGUCCAGUGUGCCACUGGCUCGCAGGGUGAGGGGUCGACAUCUUUUGACGGCAAGUUUGCACCAGCGCUUUCCGAC